AUGGCGGCGCAGGCGAAGCGCCGGCGGGUGGCCGGGCCCGUGCGCGGGGCCGACGCGGACGCGGCCGCGGACCCGGACCCGGUGUCCGGCUUCCUGAGCUGGUGCGGGCAGGUGGGGCUGGAGCUGAGUCCCAAGGUGGCGGUGAGCCGGCAGGGCACGGUGGCCGGCUACGGCAUGGUGGCCCGGGAGAGCGUGCAGCCCGGGGAGCUGCUGUUCGCGGUGCCGCGGGCCGCGCUCCUGUCGCAGCACACCUGCUCAAUCGGCGGCCUGCUGGAGCGAGAGCGAGACGCGCUGCAGAGCCAGUCUGGCUGGGUGCCGCUGCUGCUGGCGCUGCUCCACGAGCUGCAGGCGCCGACGUCGCCCUGGAGCCCCUACUUUGCGCUCUGGCCCGAGCUGGGCCGCCUGGAGCACCCGAUGUUCUGGCCGGAGGAGGAGCGCCGGCGUUUGCUGCAGGGCACAGGCGUCCCUGAGGCCGUGGAGAAGGACUUGGACAACAUCCGCAGCGAGUACAACUCCAUCGUGCUGCCCUUCAUGGAAGCCCACCCUGAGCUUUUCAGCCCCAGGGUUCGCUCCCUGGAACUCUACCGGCAGCUCGUGGCUCUUGUGAUGGCCUACAGUUUUCAGGAACCACUGGAGGAAGAGGACGACGACAAGGAGCCCACCCCUCUGAUGGUGCCGGCUGCAGACAUACUAAACCACGUGGCCCAUCACAACGCCAAUCUAGAAUACUCUCCAGAUUGUCUUCGGAUGGUGGCCACUCAGCCCAUUCCUAAAGGCCAUGAGAUUUUCAACACUUAUGGUCAAAUGGCUAACUGGCAACUGAUUCAUAUGUACGGUUUUGUUGAACCAUAUCCUGACAACACGGACGACACAGCUGACAUUCAGAUGGUGACAGUCCGUGAAGCAGCGUUACAGGGAAUAAAGGUGGAAGCUGAAAGGCUUCUACUGUAUGAACGCUGGGAUUUCCUAUGCAAACUGGAGAUGGUAGGGGAAGAAGGGGCUUUCGUGAUUGGGCGGAAGGAGGUGCUGACUGAAGAGGAACUGACCACCACUCUCAAGGUACUGUGCAUGCCCGCUGAGGACUUCAGAGAGUUUAAAGACCAGGAUGGGUGGGAAGAUGAUAAAAGCGAAGAGGACAGCCUGGCAAUCACAAAUAUUCCCAAGCUCAAAGCAUCAUGGAGACAGCUCCUUCGGGACAGUGUUCUGUUGACCUUGAAAACCUAUGCCACAGACUUAAAAACUGAGCAAGAUUUACUCGGUAACAAAGAGGUAUACACCAAACUCAGCUGGAGGGAACAACAGGCUUUACAGGUUCGUUAUGGCCAGAAGAUGAUCUUACACCAGUUAUUGGAAUUGACAAGUUAAUAGACUCCCUAUUGCCUGAAGGAACAUCCACAAGAAGAGCUUUAUUCUAAACUGGUAUUACCCACAGAUGCUUGAAAA